AUGCUUGCUGCAUUCAUCGUCUUUGUACCAAUGGUACUGACAAGGGAGAUAACGCUAUGCGACUACUUCAGGCCGUUUCCACUGUGCACUACGAAUUUCCAUUCGUGUAUGUCCUCCUCGCUAUGCGAAUCUGGCACCGUUUGCAUGAACGACAUCACUUCCAGCUCGUGUUGUAUCAAUCCGGUGAAAAAAAUACCUAUACGGUGUCACCUAAGCUUAGCUUAUAGGUGCACAAGCGACUACGACUGCCAUGGUUCGUCUACAAUGCCGGCGUUGUGCUGCCCAACUGGAUGCAACUAUAAUAUGUGCGUCCAUGUAGGAGUCCCACAGUCCCAUCCACUUAUCCGAAGGCAAACCGUGUUCUCUUCGCUUGACGGCGGCGAACCGUGCCCUGAUCCAUACACCGUCGGCAUCACGUGCACAGCUGGAAGAGCGAACAGUUGGUGUCUGACGGAUUCGGAGUGUCCAUCAGUGAAUUCACUACAUCCACGAAAGUAA